GGUAGCUCCAUACUAUAAGGCGAGGAGAAGAAAGGGAAAGAUGACUGUGUCUUUGUGGAGGCUCAAGACACAUGGUAGACAUUUUAGCCAGUAUUGUAGGCUACUAAAAAUUACACUUCAAGUUGGAAAAAAAUCCCACAAUUGUUUUUUUUUUUUUUUUUAAAAGAAGAUCCUGUAUUCUAAUAAUAGAUGACAAAUAUUCUCAGAUGUUGUGCAGUAUGGUCCAUUUCCAUACUUUAUGUUACCACAGCAAUCCUGUAAUCAUUAUAACAGUCUAAACGGAUGUUUAGGGUAGAGUAGAAAGCCUGGAAACCUCGGUAGAAUUUAUUUAUAGAAAACUUAUUAAAAAUAAAUGGGUUUAGCUGAGCAUAUGCGUUUCAUUGUUGGUUAUUAUUAGUGUGAUAUUCAGGGUGACGUCCAAUUGACUCCCUAUUGUUCAUAUUUGAUAUUGUUUAGUACAAUAGGCUAUAUAGUGCACUUAUUUAGUAGGUAGAGUCAAGCACCCCUAUUUCUAUUUUCCAACCCUAGGCUCUUCUGUAUUAACUUUCUCAGCUUAGAGACUAUGUCCCCUAUCUAAAUCUUAUUUUAAAUAGUCUUAGAUUGUAUCAGCGUCAGGCUAAUAGUAUACUAGUAGCUAUAUCAACAAAUGUCUCUGUUUGGAGUGUGUCUUAGUGUGCUGUGUAUAAUUGAUUUCAUUUAUUAAUAUUUCAGAUUUUUAUGUACAUCAUAGUUCAAAGGUUGAUAGUCAGGUAACACAGGUAAAAUUCAUUUAUUUUAAAUAAUGUUUUAGAAUUUCUUUGCGGCUCCCUGGCGCCAUCUGGCGGCCCCUAGGUGGAUGACCACUGCUUUAGGAUACAGCCAUGUGAACUUUUUUGAGGCUGUAACCGUCUGCUGCUGCUCCAUUGAAUUUUUAUACAAGCUGUAAUGGACCGGUUAUUUGUAAACACUCCAAUGUCGUUUAGUUAACAUAUUUUGCUGCAAGGUGGACAGGCCUGAGGCCGUCACUCGGCGCUCCAGGCAGAAACCAUGCAGCAGAAAAGGAACAUCCAAAUCAUAGAAUGGGAGGACUUGGACAAGCGCAAGUUCUACUCUUUCGGUGUCUUCAUGACCAUGACCAUCCGUGCUACGGUCUACCCUGCCAUGCUCAUCCGCACCAGGCUGCAGGUUCAGAAGGGAAAAUCUCUCUAUAUUGGCACCUAUGACGCUUUCCGGAAAAUCCUGCGAGCCGAGGGGAUUAGGGGACUUUACCGGGGUUUCAUGGUGAACACCUUCACGCUUAUAUCAGGGCAGGCAUACAUCACGACGUACGAGCUGGUGAGGAAGUACGUCUCCAGUUACUCCAAGGACAACACUGUAAAGUCGCUGGUGGCAGGAGGGUCAGCAUCGCUGGUGGCCCAGAGCAUCACAGUCCCCAUCGACAUGAUCUCUCAGCAGCUCAUGAUGCAGGGUGAAGGGGAGCAUCUGACACGCUUCAAAGUCAAACCAAAAGCGACAUCUGGAGCGAAGCACAGAGUCACUUUUGGCCAGACGAGAGACAUUAUAGCUCAGAUAUUUGCAGCAGACGGGUUCCGUGGGUUUUACAGAGGAUACGUGGCGUCUCUUCUCACAUACAUACCCAACAGUGCAGUCUGGUGGCCUUUUUACCACUUUUACGCUGAACAGCUCUCCAAAAUGGCACCAAGUGACUGCCCACAUUUAGUACUGCAAGCCAUGGCUGGACCACUAGCAGCUGCCACUGCCUCCACAGUCACCAAUCCAAUGGAUGUAGUCCGAGCCAGGGUUCAGGUUGAAGGCAGGACGUCAGUCAUUGAGACUUUCAAGGAGCUGCUCAGAGAAGAAGGAUUCUGGGGGAUGACCAAGGGUCUCUCUGCCCGCAUCAUAUCCUCCACUCCUACAGCAAUAGUCAUGGUGGUCGGCUACGAAACUCUGAAAAAACUAAGUCUCCGGCCGGAGCUGGUUGAUUCCAGACACUGGUAAAGGAGCAGUCAUGUCUCCGCUGUCUCAUCAGUGAUUUCCUCUGUUCACAUCUUGCCUCAUGGCUUUUCAAAGUGUCGUUGUUGUAAUUUUAUAAUCGAUGCUAAAGAUAAUGUUUUAUUUGUCAUUAAUGUAAUUGAAUGUUUUAAGUGAGAAAUGCUGCUCAGGUGGCUGAGGAACUCUGCUUGCUUGAAAACUGUCAAAUAUUUAAUUGGAUGGAGGGGAACUUUUAUUGUGUAUUUUAAUGUAUUUUAUUUUGCUACAGACUAGGUAUUUGAGAAGUUUGUUUUAUUUCAGUGGGGUAACAUUUAUUUCAGGAUUGUUGUAGGUGGUACCUGCUACCUGUCCUUUGCCACUUGGUGUUCAGUACUACACUGGAUAAUGCUCCCACUUACAUUUCUUUACAAUUCUUAUUUCUAAUCAUGUGAAGAGUGUCUAAUUUUUAAAAGGUAAAAGCAUACUGGUUGCACAGGAUCUGUGAGGAAAUUUGCAAAGUGUGAGAUUGUAAUGCUCUCAAAAUUCACUAUAAAUAUAAACCUGUCAGAACAUUCCUGUCAGUGUCACUCAGUUUAACUCAAAUUACAUUUAGCAGAAGCUUCAGAUUUAAAAGUGAGCCAAGUAUAUAGUUGAGGAAUUGAGAGUUUAAGGCUCUGCUUAUGGGACCAACCAUGUCAUUAGUGUAGAACUUUAACUAUUGAACUACAUUGGCCCUAAACAUAACAUUAGGGAGUAAAGAUGGUAUACUAGUGCACUUAACCUCAGCAUAAUUGCUCCUGAAAAAUGUAGAGUCAGUGUUUAGUCUAGUCUAAACUGACUUUAUAGCAUUUCGCAAAAUAUCCAGUAGAGGGCACAUAGACUGCACUUUGAAGUUGCAUCCAAUCCAAAAGCAAUCGAAUCCCACUAGUACAUCAGUAAUAGUGUGGGAUUAUGCUGGUGCGGCACGUCAUUAAAACCUAUUUUCAUUUGGUUUUCAUUUUAAAUUGACAAGCUUGAGUGUAUACCUCUGGUAAAAGGCUUAUUAGUAUUAAUGAGUUCUAGUCUAGUGUAACUUAUUAAUGAGUUCUAGUGUAUUGUCUAAGUGCACAAAUACACAGCUACAGAUAGAAUGUCUUUUUGCCACACCUGAUAGAAAAGCAUCUCCUUCCAGCACCCACUCACACAGAUGCCUGCAGCUUCAAUCUCUGAGCAACUGCACAGACUCCCGUGGUGCUGUUUUAUGAAAUUGCCUUAGCCAACUGAAUGAACUUUCAUUCCAGUCUGAUUUAGUGCUCCGUUGGAGAGCAGGGAAGUGAGCUUCCUCAAAUCCGUACACCUCAUUGUGUGGAUAUAGUGCCAGCCUGUUGGAAAAGUGCUUCAUCCUUGGGUCUCAGACCAAGAAAAGGCCAUGUGUUUCUUUCUCAGCUAAUGCACAAUGACACACAGAGUAUGGAAAAAUAUGGGGGGCGGGGGCGGAUAAUAAGAUGAAUGAAUGAAAAUUCAUCAGAAUGAUUCACUAAAGACAAAUACUUCAGUACUUGUCUAGUCACUUCACCUCUCAGCCUCUAAAUUAGUGCUGGUAUCAAUUCAUUCACCUUUAGUAAGCAUUUUAUCCUGGUCAUGGUGGUGGUGGUUCCAGAGUGAAUUCAAGGAACACAGGAGUGGGAGGAAACCGGAGAACCCGGAGGAAGCCAUGUGAACAUGGGCAGGACCUGCACAUAAACUACAAACAGAACCUGAGUUCAGGAUAGAACCUUGGAGGCAACAACACUACAUGCUGUAUCGCUGUGCCAGCCAUUUGAUAUAUUUUGGAUUUAUCUGUGGCACAGAAAGUGUUUAAACUGUAAUAAAACAUAAGAUGGAAGGAACACUAGAUAGUGAAACCCCUUUGACUUGCAAUAAACCCUUCUAACACACAGUGUACAUUUUCAUCUCAUGUUCAAGGCUUCCCAAUGACUCAAGUCCUCAUCACUGCUUGCUUCAUUUCUAGUGCUUUGAAUAAAAAAAAAAUUAAUUAAUAAGAAGAUAAAUUUAAAUA